GAUAUCAAUGCAUCGUGAAUCGUGAUGAGCGUUCAUGGAUGCUUGAGCAAGCCAUGUUUCUCUCUUUUGCUUCUCCCGCCGUAAUUUUUACAAUAAAACAAGAAAUGUUCCUGCCGCUUUCAAUAAAGAAAUCGACGGUCCAAAAAGGUUGCAUCAACGACCAUGCUGCAAGACGGACAUAUACGGACACACGCGAACAAAAAACCCACGCGUGUUGCUAAUCCGAAUCUGGACAAAAAUCAAACGAUCUGCGUUUUCACACUUCCAACGUCAUUCCACUGAAAAGGAAAUCGCAUGCGAAUUUCGGGAAGCAGCUCGGGGCCUCGUCAAAAACGGGAACGACGGGGGAAGAAGAAGAAGAAGGGGAGGGAAAAAUAAAAAAAGUAAAAGAUACACGUGAAGUAGGAGGAGAGCCUUGUCGCUUGUCACCCGAUGGGCGGUUUCUCGCUUUUAUUUCCCUCCCAUCGUCUUGUUGUGUGUCUCUAGUUUUUGUAAACCUCAUCUUGCGCGCUUGCAGGUCAUCUCCCCCCAUUUCCAUCUGCGGGUUGUUCUUUCAAAGAUUGCAGCGACCAUUCACGCGUCUGUCCUUUCGCACCAGACCAUCAUUGCUGCUCACUGUUCCUCAUCUGCAAGCAAAUGCACACACUCUCUUCUUUCUAUUCAUACCUCAUCUUGCACAACUCCUAUUCUCCCUACGACUGAUAAUUAACAUCUGGACAGCUCAGAACGCUGGUUCAUCAAUCAUUAAUUCCAUUUGAUUUACUUCUGCAUUUAUUCGUUCCUCUGUCAUUUCCAUCGCUUUGUCUGAUACAGUUGAAGAACCUCUAUUGUCAGCUGGCAAACUGAUUCCCGAGUAUAACUAAGAAACUACACAUGUCCCGUGCUCGCUCAGCGACCCCGACGUCGCCCGUUGGACCUCGGAACGGCGAUGCGGCGCGACUUUCUCAGCUAUCUGUCGCUACCAGUGGAUCAACCUCAUCCCUUUUCUCGUCAAGUGACGACGAGGGAGGGCUCGCGACGCGAAUGAUUCGCAUUGCUGGCGCUGUCUGCUCCAGAGUGGAUGGACAGGGCAAUCAGCGUGGACAAGCUGUUGAAGGGGAAUGUAAGCUGCUGACAGUUGGAAUGCCUGGCUUUGAGAUGUUAUAUCUCAACAUUGACGCAUCCAUAUCGCACCCACUGCUGCCAAGCGCCAAAGUCUAUAAAGACGGACCUAACGCAUUCGUGUUUCCUCUGGAAGACGGACUCGGAUAUCAUGUCCAAUUUCCCAGUGCAUCCAAACGUGAGAUUGAGCGAUUUGAGCGGUAUCUUCGACGUCGCAAUAUCCGUGUGUCUAGCAGACGUCGUCCAACUCCCAGGAAGCAAAGCUCCACCCAUCCCUCUUCAACGACAGACUUGUCUUCAUCUGCUACAGCUUCUGUAUCCCCUGAACGCCAAUCGCAACAGCGGCGAAAUGCGCGAAAGGAGAGGCGCCGUAAAGAUCUCACACGUGAAUUGUCUCAUGAGCCCCCGCAACGCCGAUCGCCAGAGGUGCCUCAGGAUUUGAUUCCGGAAGUACAACAACCGGCAGCAAGCGAAAGAUUAUCGGAAGUGAAGGCUCGUCUUUCACCAAAUCGGCUAGAGGGACGGGUUCAGGAAGUGAAAACGCGACAGCAACGGGAACUGUCUCAGGAAAGGCCCAAGGAACAGCUCACCAAAGAUAUCUCCAAAAUCGUCCCCCCUCGGAAGGAAUCUGUAAAGCUUGGCGGUAGUGGAACAUUCUCAGCACUCGAAUUAGAUUUCGGAAAUCCACAACCUGCUUCUACAUCUGCUGCAAGUGGUAAGGAGAGCCAGGAACGAGUCAACCACGAAAAUUCAGAAUUGGGCAAAUCUGAGAACCUUGGAUAUGGCCGGGAGUGGAACUGGCCAGAUCAUGCAAGCGCUUCAAACAAGUCUUCUAUAAGGUCAAAGUCCAAACGUCAGGCGAAGAUUCUUGAUCUGAACCUCGAGUCUGUCCACACUUUGAUGGAAGCAACCGAGAAAGAGACCAAGAGUCGACGUUGCGCGGCGUGUCCGCCAGAUGGUGGCGAUAAAGUCAAGUCGCCGACCCGUCAUGUUGGACACAAAUUGGAGCAAUCUGCCAAAUCGAGAGGAUUAUCGCGCCGUGUUUCGAGGGAGCCCAUGAUCGGGUCCGAUGCAAGCCUGGAAGCGAAGCUUCCCGAGCUUGAUGCUCAACCGGUACAACAGAUUAGUCAGCGCCCUAACGAGAACAAGGAAACGGCUGAACCGCGCCGAUCCACUGAUUCUGUAACCGACCGUAUUCAGGCUCUUGCCAGUGAACUCGCCGGGGAGCUUCAAGGGGUUGAUGGUGUGCUAGCAAAUAAGAUACCAAACUCAAGGAUCAAGUCAGAAGUCACCACAUCGGUAAAGACCGAACAGGUCACCAUGACCCGUCCGGAUGCCGAAGAUACCCCUACUCAGACAGCUAUAGCCGUUGCAGCCGAGCCUUCACCGGCCAAAACGGAAGCGACUCCCUCUUUCGAGUCUCAACUUGAGAAGAUUGCAGUAUCGCCAGCUGCGCGUGAUGCGAUCAAGUCUGCUGGAACAUCGCGAGCCUCUGAUCCUAUCAGCCCACUGGUUUUGGAUGCUUUAGCAAAGGUAUUACAAGCUGGCAUGCAUACUAGUCCCGUUGCCGAGAAGGAGUCGCCGUUCCAGAGCACUGAAUGGGCGAGUACCACCACUGCUUUUGCUGCCGAGGGUGAUACGUCGGUUUCAGGACCUGAUGUUCCCCCAAAGGAUGUGGAAGAAGUAUCUCUUCCUAAUGAACAGGCUCCAAUUCCUCCUCCCAAGAACGCAAACUCGGACAGUGAAAACUCUUCCGAUGCCGAACUUGACAUACGAGGUGAAAAUGGCAAAGUUGAAUCGAUGAAAGUCCAAUGGGAAGAUACUAUUGGCAGGGGCGAUCAUCUCAAGGCCAGCAAACGACCGGUGUCGGUUAUGUUGACCAAGCUUGCCAGCAAAAAGUCUCUGCAUCUGAUGAAAAAUCGCUACGAGGCCAUCGCUAGUGGAGCUACCCCUGAGGAAAUUCCCAACCCACCAGACUACACUGUGGUUCCGGAAGAUGACCUUCUUUCUGUGGAGAGUCCUGAGGAGGUGACGGAAGCUGCCCAAACUGUCCCUGAGGCAAUUGCCGACACACCUGCGGCCCCAACGAAUGAAAAGCCUCGAACAGGCUUGCUUUCAUACACCUUCGAUUUAGCCCGUUCGGGCACGGACUUUGCACUGUCUACAAGCAAAGCCGCCGUAUCGCUUCCUGUCACCGCCACAAAGGCCAUGGUUGGUUUCGGCGUUCAGACAACCAAAGCGGCGGUCGCUCUCCCUGUCACCGCUACAAAAGCAGCGUUCGAUAUUGGCAUGCAAACAGGCAAAGCCGCGGUCGCCCUUCCUGGAACUGUUAUCACUAUGGGUGUUGAUACAACCAAGGCUGUUGUCGCAGCUGGAAUGGACACGACUGCUGCUGUUGCGGAGAGGGGGCGUGCUGUUGUAGGAUCUGGAAUAGAAGUAGGUCGGUCGGUCGCUGACAGAGGAAAGGCGGCAAUGAGCUCAGGUGUGGAAGCCGCCAGAGCACGGCUUCAGAAAGGCGUGGAUAACGGUAUGAUUGUAGCUGGUAAGGGGCGUGCUAUCGUCGACUCUGGAACGAACACUGCCAUGGAACGUGGCAAGGCGGCUGUGACCUAUGGCCUGGAUACAACCAAAGCAAUGGUGGAUUACGGGGUGGGCACAACCAAGGCCGUUGUUUUCAACCCCGUUGACACUACCAAAGCCGUUGUUGGAUAUGGGGUCGAGACAACCAAAGCUGCAACAGGAAAAGUUGUUGAUUUUGGUGCGAAUGUUAUUGAUAUGGAAGUGCGGGCGGCGAAAGCUGUGGUUGGAUACGGAGUUGAUACUACCAAAGCUGUGGUCGACUAUGGUGUUGGAACUGGCAAAGCUGUUGUUGGUAGGACGGUUGACACCACAAAGGCAGUUGUGGGAUUCGGUGCGAGUGUGGUCGAUAUGGAAGUGAGGGCUGCCAAGGCGGUUGUUGGAUAUGGGGUUGAUACGGGCAAAGCAGUGGUAGGAAAGACCGUUGACACGACCCGAGCUGUGGUUGAUUUCGGAGUGGGUACUGGCAAGGCUGUCAUGGACAGGACUGUUGAUACUACAAAGGCGGUUGUAGGAUUGGGAGCAAGUGUAGUUGAUAUGGAAGUUCGGGCUGCAAAGGCAGUAGUCGGAUAUGGUGUUGACACAACGCGAGCGGUAGUUGACUAUGGUGUAGGAACCGGCAAAGCAGUUGUUGGCAAGACUUACGAUACCACCAAAGCGGUGGUUGAUUACGGUGUUGGAACAACCAGAGCGGUCGUUGAUUACGGAGUCGGUACUGGUAAAGCAGUCGUCGGCAAAACCUAUGACACUACCAAAGCUGUAGUAGAUUAUGGAGUCGGGACCAGCAAAGCUGUAGUCGAUUACGGUGUGGGCACUUCUAAAGCCCUCGCCGCCAGAACCAUGGAUACAACCCGCUCCGCCUUGAACACCACCAGCUCCCUUGUCCGCACCAGCCUAGAUUCCACCCGUGCAGCUGUCAACUACACUGUUGGAACUGGCGAAAGCGUUCUCCGAAGAAGCAUAGACUCCACCCGUAGUGUAGCUACCCACAGCCGUGAUACCGUCGCCGAACGACUUGGGGCUUUUAGAAACAGACUGAGUGUCGCAUGGUGGUCAUAGAUAUAUAAUAGAUAGUUGCGAUAGUGACUCUUAAUGUAGUGAUUGAUAGUCGUACGUUUAAUGGGUCCGUUGUUUUUCCUCAUAGUUUACGAAUAGCUUUUUUUUUUGGUAAGUCUUAUAAAUCAAUAAUAGAUAUUAAUCGUGUU